UUUGACAGGCCAAUAUAUGCUGGAAAUGCACUUUGUACUGUUAAAUACACUGGUACUGGCCCUUGCAUGUUGACCAUCAGAUCAACAUCUUUUCCGGUUACUACCACCUUUGAUGAUUCAAAAUCUAAUGAAGCUCCAAUCACCCAGGUUGAUCUCUCCACCUUUAGUGAAGAUUUUAUUGGUCAAUCAAGAUAUGUAAAGCUUUCAUCUCAAGACACAGAACGGCCUGAUCUUGGGAAUGCUCGUGUAGUGGUUACUGGGGGGCGUGGGCUGAAAAGUGGUGAAAACUUCAAAAUGAUAGAGAAACUUGCAGAGAAACUUGGUGCAGCUGUUGGUGCUACCCGAGCUGCUGUUGAUGCGGGUUUUGUCCCUAAUGAUCUUCAGGUUGGGCAAACUGGAAAGAUAGUUGCCCCCGAGUUAUACAUGGCUUUCGGUGUAUCUGGAGCCAUCCAACACCUAGCAGGCAUGAAAGAUUCGAAAGUCAUUGUUGCUGUGAACAAGGAUGCUGAUGCAUCAAUAUUUCAGGUUGCUGAUUACGGACUCGUAGGUGAUCUCUUCGAGGUGAUACCUGAGUUGCUAGAGAAGCUUCCCGAGAAAAAGUAAACUAAUCUUUUGAGGUUCUGGAAGUUCGGAAAUGCUGAAAGUUACUGUAUCUAGUCUAAACGAAAAGUACGACCUUUGAUACAAAAGUCCAUAGUUUCCAAAGUGGUAAAAGUUGCUCGACACCUUUGUGCACUUCAUGAAUGAGAAAUGAAAUAAUUACUAAUCACAGUUGGAUAACCUCCCCGCUUCAUAACUGUCUUUUAGUGUAUGGAUACUUGGAUGUAACACACAGUAUUGUAAACACUAAAACUUACUAAUAAUAUCAAAGUCUGAUUUACC